AUUGCCGCCUGCUGCACACACAUUAGACUUACUAUCAGGCCCCUUCCUAUUCCCACCCCCCCUCCAGAAAAAAAGCCUACGUUAUCUCUCUGGCGAUAACAUCGUAUACCUAUACCCCGAUCCCACUGGUUAUUCUGGCUUCCAGCUGGCUUCAAUGACUCCUCAUGCCAGCCCCGUUUUAUGAUUCCCCCCUUCCUUCCAAGGAAAACAGCAACAACCCGGCUGGCCACUCUACACUCGUUCGAUCUUACACGUCGCCCGUGCUUGGGUCAUCGACUCCGUCUUCAAUCGCCACUACCGCGACUGGAGACUCUGCAACCACCACGACCACGACCACUACCGCCAUCAUCCCUCAAUCACAGGCCUCUUUAGAAUCACACACUCCAUUAUAUUCCCUCCCUCCACCAGCAAAACGCACUCUGUCGUCGUCAUCUUCUUCGCCCUCGUUGUCGUCGCGAAGCUAUGAGGCAAAGACUACUACUACAUCCACAUCACCUAUUAAAGAGGAACCCCGUUGGCACCCUUUCCCUCGCCCCUGGAAAUACCAUCCGUCGGGCCCCCUACGCACCUUCACCCUUCACGGUUCCGAUCCCUCUAACGACUACCCCGGUGGCGUUGGCGGCGUCGGCGUCAAUGAGCACGACUUCCCAGCUCAACUGCCUCCUUACAUAAGUCCAGCCGAGAGCCCGAUCGAGCGUCCUUCCACUCCGCUCUCUGCCAGAGAUAUCCGUCCGGAGGACCGCAACCGCAUAGCUACGGCACACAGCUUGCUCGGAAAGACAGUGAAUUGGCCCACCCGAUUUCAAUCCAACGGCGCUAGCAAUCGUCAUGAGCGCCCCACGGACCGCUGCAACAACAGCAACAUUAACAGCAUUAACAACACCAACCAUGAUAUCCCUCGAGAAGGCGAUGCGACACAUGUUUCCGAAUGCGGAGAGAUCGACAGUGAUGUCAUGGAUGGACCGGAAUCUAUUUCUGCUGUUAUGGCUAGUGAGAGCAGCUCUCGCAGUAGGAAAGGAACCCAACUAUUGGGCUUGUUUAAGGAAAAUAACAAGGCUAUCGAGGAGCGGGGACGAGAGAGGCAGCGACGUGAGGAGAAGGAGAGAGAGAAAGAGAAGGAUCGGUUCGAGAAACGACGAAACAGAGAGAAUGAGAAAGCAAAGGAAUCGGCUGCGAAAGGUAUCAUCGAAGACGUUGCUCUCAAUCCCUUGCAGUCGGCGCCAGCCGAAAAAAAUAAGGAGAAGGUUCUCUGUUCUGAUUCCGUCUCAGUUUCGCGUACGAAAGAUGAUAGAAAUCCUCCAUCAUCUCGUGAUGUCACUUCUCUCGACGCCGUUCCGGGUGAUGACUCCUCGAGGUCUGUUGCAUUUACUGUCUCGAGACCUUCCUCUUCUCCUCCCCUCCCACCUGUGCGAAGCAUAACUGCAGAUUCGCUAGAUGCGGUGGACGGGAGAUUAAAGUCUCUCCAGACACCGUGCGAGGGUCUGGCUGAUUCCGGGUAUCACGAAGGUGACGCAAGUUCCCGUUCGCCGGAAUCGCAGAUCGAGUCUGUUGCUUCAUCCUGCACGUCCACCGUGGUUGAUGGUCGUCGACCCUCGAGGAAGGCUGAUGAGGAAGGGGACGAAGGUUCAGAUCACACCGUGCUUGCACACGAUGAUCACGAUCACAGUACGUCUGACCACACUGCAUCCGAUCAUGACGAAGAGGAAGGCGAGGACGAAAUCUCGUCGGCCGUUUAUUUCCCUCACACAACACCCUCCAUCACUCGCGUCCCAUCCUCUUCGACGAUCCCGAGCACCAGGCCAUCUGAAGCCUCUUUGGAUAAUCCGUUUCAACGACACGCCGAUACCGUGGAAGGAGAUAACCGACCACGCGUAUACUCUCAGCACGCUGUCAACUCUUCCAAAGUGGACCUAUCCAUCCGGAACGAAGAUGACGAAGUACUUUACCACCGUGAUGGCAAGAGGAGGCGGCGCGUUUCCGUUUCCGAGGACGACAGCCACAACUACAACUACGCAUCGGCUGCGUCGUCCGUAGUAUCCGAAUUCUCAGAUAAUUCUGACUUUUACGAAUCCUCAACCGACGAUAUCGAGAGGAGUGUUGUGGAGGAUUCGGACAUCGACGUCGUCACACCUACUUCUCGAAAGACCGUUCCUGUUCCCCGGGCCAAGGACCGCCAUGACGGUGCCAACAACAAUAACGCUCCUCCUCUCGGUGCGGUUGAACUGAAGCCCUACAAGCACCAAGUCGGUGGGCACACUGCGUUAUUCAGGUUCUCAAAGAAGGCGGUCUGCAAGAGUUUAAGCAACCGCGAAAAUGAAUUUUACGAGGCAAUAGAGACUAGACAUCCCGAGCUUCUCAAGUUUCUGCCCAGGUAUAUUGGAGUCCUCAAUGUGACGUGGAAGACCAAGAAAAAGAAGCUGUCCAAGAAAGACGGCGAGGCUUUAUCGAACGGCACAACGGAACCGGUUCCCUCAGUCAAACUGGAAGACGGAUCGGACGCUACAAGACGUGAUGAUGGGGCUAUCUCUUUCGGACCGCCUUUACCACAGGUUGUCUUGGAACAAAACCGACACAUCAUUCCCGAUAAUCUGUUCCGAGUCUCGACGAGUGCCCCUUCACCAUCUCGACUUGAGGAUUCGAUGGCAUCGGGAGACGAUAAGAAGACCGGUACAGACGACAGUGGGAUGAGUACAGGCGAUGAGGCCUCGUUGCCACGCCCCACCAAGAAGAAGCACUCUAGUUGGGGGGCUACCGUCAUCAACCGGAAAUUGCAAGAGCAGGUCCUGAGAGAGGUGUUCUCACCGCCUCCGGCCCACCGUCAUCACCAUCACCAUCACCAUCACCAGCGGACUCGUUCUGGCUACAACCCUCAGAAGCGGCGAGGCUCGGUAGCCAAUCUGGAUUCGGCUAGGGUUACCGACUUCCACAGGAGCAACACCGACGUCGGACCAGGGCCGUCUCGAUCGGAUAGUAAUCCGGAGGAUCCGAGAUUGAGGAUGCUGCGUGGGGAUGUCGAACGGCGAUACGCAUCGAGUACCGAUCUGCGGAGUCUUUCCAAAGGACAACUUCCGGUCGAUGACGAGGAGAAUAGCGCACGAGAUAGCCCUGCGACCACCGAGGGUCAAGCCACCCCAGUGCCAAAGUCGCGACCCCGAGCCCGAUCCGGCAGCAUACCUAGAAGGAGGGAUCGCCUGAGUGUUCCGACACCCAAUGAAUUCGGGAUGGAGGACGAUGGAUACGGUGGAGAUCGAGAGGAUGAAGUCUUUAGGAUGGACGAAGAUCCGCAGAUUAAGAAAGGGUCGUGGGCGGAACGAUGCAUGACGAGGGCCGCGUCCACACCCAACGCGGGGUCACGCAAGGAUGCCGGUGCGCCAGCUCCCGGUGAACAACCCAAAGAACGGGUUGAGCUCUUCUUGCUUUUGGAGGAUCUCACUGCCGGUAUGAAGUCGCCCUGUGUUCUGGAUCUCAAGAUGGGAACCAGACAGUACGGUGUCGAAGCUUCGGAGAAGAAGCGCAAGUCACAGGCGAGAAAGUGUGCGGGUACAACAUCCCGCGAACUUGGAGUCCGUGUCUGCGGCAUGCAGGUGUGGAACGCCAAAACUCAGACAUACAUGUUCGAGGACAAGUACUUUGGACGAGACUUGAAGGCGGGCCGCGAGUUCCAGAGUGCGCUCACUCGGUUUCUGUCGGAUGGAAAGGACGACUCGUCAAUCCUGCGUCACAUCCCCACCAUUCUUGUGAAGCUCAAGGCUCUCGAAGUGAUGAUCAAACAGUUGCCCGGGUAUAGAUUCUACGCCAGUAGCUUGCUUGUCCUUUAUGACGGUCAGGAUAAGGACCGCACAAUUGACCUUAAGAUUGUGGACUUUGCCAACUGCGUCACCGCUGAAGAUGCGCUCCCGGAGACAGCCACGUGUCCGCCUAAGGAUCGACACGGGAUUGAUAAGGGGUAUCUUCGUGGGCUGAGGUCCCUGCAGAUGUACAUACGCAGCAUCUGGAAGGAAGUUAAAGGGUCGGAAUGGACGGAGAGAGGCGAGGAUGGAUACAUGAGCAGGGAGGAUCAGCGGGAUGAUAUCGGGUCGGGAUGGGACUUGCUGGAGGAUCUCGGCGAAGUAUCGACCUAAGACGGUACUACUUCUACUGAGAACGGACCACGGAUUCUACGAAGACUUAUGCGAUAAUGACCGGGACGAUCACGAACAAAGUACAA